UUCCAUUUGGGGACGGACGCGCUCGUUCUAGUUGCGUACAUUAGAAAGAAGAGGAAACAUGAGCGCAGUUUGUUUAUUUCUCCACUAAACUUCUUCUAAAUACCGUUUUUAAUCUUCAUUUCAGUCUGCAUCAGUUGGUCGGUAUGCCUCUGUCGGAUCGAUCGAGCUCUGACGGUGGCGUUGGGCCUCGGAGCCCUCGGGCCCGGAGACCGCGGACUCGUUCUCGCAGCCGCUCCCGCAGCCGGAACCGCAACGACAGCCGCGACCGGAGCCUGUCCCCGGACAGCUUCGGGCCCAAACUCCCGAAGCCGCGGAACAAAGAAAGGGAACGCGAGGAACGGGAGCGUCGUUUCCGAGAGGCGAGGAACAUCAGACGGAUCCGCAUAGGAAGCCCCCGCCGCAGCCGCUCCAGGUCCCGGUCUAGGUCCAGAUCCAGGGAGCGUCACAACAACAACAGCACCAACAACAACAACAGCCACAGCCACUGGUCCGAGCAGCGGGACGCUCCGGGAAAACACGGCAGCUUUAAAGAUGAUUAUUACUACGAACAGCAGCGGGACGACGCUCAGAGACAGAGACAAGAGGCCUUUAUCGCCAGGCGUCUGCAAGAGCGGGAGAGGAUCGGUGAGUUGGGUUGUCCUGAAGUUUGGGGAUAUUCACCAAGAGUAAAAGAACCAGACUCUGAUGAAUUCACACCGGUUGAAGAAGACGAGAAAAACAGCAGCUCAGAGUCGAGCUCAGAGGAGGAAAAGAAGAAGAAAAAGAAGAAGAAGAAGAAAUCCAAGAAAAGAAAGAACAAGAAGCACUCAGAGGACAGUGAGCUGGAAUCAGAGUCAGAUGAAGAAGAAAUAAAGAAGAAGAAAAAGAAAAAGAAGAGCAAAAAGUCCAAAAAAUCCAAGAAGAAGAAGGUGAAGAAGAGUCGUAAGGAGUCCAGCAACUCCAGCAGCGAGGAGUCUGAAGAGGAGGAGGAGGAGGAGGAGGAAGAUCCCAACGGGGUGAUGUGGGUGGAGAAAACCUGCAUGGACGAGCACCUGGUCGGCCCCGAGGCUCCGCUCACACACAUGUCCCAGGACGACAGGCCUUUGGAUUUCGGUCAUGCGCUGUUGCCAGGUGAAGGUGCUGCGAUGGCAGAAUACGUGAAGGCAGGCAAACGUAUCCCGAGAAGAGGAGAGAUCGGUCUCACCAGCGAGGAGAUCGCAAACUUUGAGAAGUCUGGUUAUGUGAUGAGCGGCAGCAGACAUCGUCGUAUGGAGGCUGUACGUCUGAGAAAGGAAAACCAGAUCUACAGUGCAGAUGAAAAGAGAGCUCUGGCUUCGUUCAACCAGGAGGAGAGGAGGAAGAGAGAGAGCAAGAUCCUGUCGAGCUUCAGGGAAAUGGUUUACAGGAAAACCAAAGGCAAGGAGGAGAAGUGACCAUCCACAGUCUUCUCUCAGAUCACCUCUCACCAGACAACUUUACUUUGUGUCCUCUGACUUCAGGUGUUUAUUUUUGAGAAUCACAUUCAGUGCUAGAGGAAUGUACAGUGCAGAGGGAGGAUUUUAACUGUAAAGAAAAUGUGUAUAAGUGAAUGUUGGAAAAGUUUUCAGUUGUAUUAUUUGUCUUCAUCCUAUUUACCCACUGGAACUAGUCUUUGCUUUCUGCUGUUCAACCAGAAUUUUCUUUUGUUAAUGUUUGCAUAUAAUCCUGAACAGAACGGUAAAUAAAUUUUCAUUUUCAAGUCA